AUGCAUGGUGCAGAGAUUGCUUUCACUAUGCAAGUAAAUGAGAAAUGUGAUGUUUAUAGUUUUGGAGUUCUCACAUUGGAAAUCCUUAUGGGAAAACAUCCAGGGGAGCUUAUUGAAUCUCUAAGAGAGAUUCCAACAUCCUAUGAUUUGCCAUUUAAGAAUGUGUUGGAUCAGCGGCUUCCUCCACCCUCAGACUUGGUUCUUGAGGAAGUAAUAUUGAUUGCAAAAAUAAUACUUGUUUGCUUGAAUGACAAUCCACAUCAUCGUCCAACCAUGGAACAAGUCUGUUUGCAACUUGAGAGGCCUGAAUCUUAUUUUGUGAACCAAUUUGACAACAUCACCAUUGGACAACUCAUGAAAGUUUAA